UUUGGUGGAAGUCAAGUGUCUUCAUCCUCCGUUCGCAGUGCACUGACUGAAUUACACGGAGCUUUGUCUGGUCCAUCCGGUGGUGCUACUCAGAGUGAUGUGAAUGUAUCCGGUCCCGAUCCAUCAGGUCGAAGAUCCUGUUCGGUACGGCCGGUUGGUGGAGAUGAGAUGGGUACCUUGGGCAGUCGCAUGUCACUGCGAUCGUUGUCCUGUGCCUCAUCUUCCGGAGCUGAAUCGUAUAACUCGUAUCGUCUCUUGGUCAAUCAGGCAGGAGCCAGUUGGCGUGAGUUGUGGCGCACUCGAAUGCUUCUGAUGGACGUGUUGCGCUGGGCCGAAGCUGUGGCCCCAUUGGCUCAUGGAAACGGAUCCACGCCCCAUGAUGUCCAUACAUCCGAACCAUCAGCUGUUUAUCCAUCCUCUCCUGCUCCGACUGUUACGGCUCCACUCCCUCCUAUUCUGCCGACAGAUCCGGUGGACUGGAACACCCGGUUUGCUAGCCUUCUCGCUGCUGCCCUCAUGCCUCGCGGUCAGGAUUCUACUACCUUUUCACCACCCGCACAAACUCUCGUUCCCACCCCCAGCACCGUGUCACAGCCUUUGCAACAUCCUAACCCCCUCAGUUCGCUGAAAAUGGGUGAAACCCUAGGGUCGAUGGAUCCGAUGAUGGCAGCUGCAUUCGCGGCCGCCACAGCUGCAGCGGCCACGGUCGCCAUACAGCAGCAGCAACAACAACAACAACAGUGUCAUCCUAUCCAACCACCUAGCAUGUCACCGCUCUCGGGUUCCGAAUCGUCUCCGGCCCAAACUCAAGCCAGUCGGUCCCAUCUAAUUCUAUCGCCGCUUGCUUCGUCGCCGCCAAUGGCUGCCAGUGUGGCACCGGGUUCCCUGAACGAGGUAUUUAUAAUUCUAUCUCAUUCUCGCCUGCUUCCCGUUCGCUCACCACAAGUAAACUCGUUGAAAUUCGAGUCACAACCUAGUAACCGACUCGGAUAG